GAGAGGUACGUAUGCUCUGCCUGGAAGCCCAUCCCACCCCCUCGUUGAUCCUUCUUAUAUUUUCAUACCUCUCUUCUCUUUUCCCUCCUCUUCUCUCCUUCAUCUUCUUCCCUCAUCUUCAUCCAUACAUACAUACUUCCUGCUCCUACCGUACAUAUACUCAAACCUUCCCCCGGAGCUACCUGCUUACUUGGCCUGUCCUCCUCACCAGUGACUUCUCCAUCCGAACCAACAAAACCACUCUUCCCUACUCUCAACCCAUUUCGCUCUGGUCGUUCGUCCUUGACGUUCCGGACCUGCAGACUAUCUUUCGAUUCUUCGUGAUCCCUUAAGGCGACGAAGCCCCCAGAUUUCCCUUGGUCAGGGCCCCUUUCAGCGCUCCCAAGGUCAGAAAUGUCUACCGCUACUGCCGCGACGGCCGCCACUGGCCAGAACAAGCUCGAAAAGAAGCCCGUGAAGUUCAGCAACCUGCUACUGGGUGCUGGAUUGAACCUCUUCGAGGUCACCACUUUGGGUCAGCCGCUGGAAGUGAUCAAGACGACCAUGGCUGCAAACCGGGGCGAUAGCUUCGCUGGUGCUAUGGGUCGAAUUUGGGGCCGUGGCGGGAUCCUCGGUUAUUAUCAAGGUCUCAUUCCGUGGGCCUGGAUUGAGGCCUCCACUAAGGGCGCCGUCCUCCUCUUCGUCGCAUCGGAGGCGGAAUUCCGUGCCAAGGUGCUUGGUGCGCCCGACUUCGCCGCCGGUAUCGCUGGAGGUAUGGUCGGUGGUAUUGCACAGGCAUACGCGACCAUGGGCUUCUGUACCUGCAUGAAGACAGUCGAGAUCACCAAGCAUAAGAUGGCCGCCCAGGGCGUCAAGCCCCCCAGCACCUUCGCGACUUUCAUGGAUAUCUACCGCAAGGAGGGCAUUCGUGGUAUCAACCGUGGUGUCAACGCCGUUGCCAUUCGCCAGACCACCAACUGGGGAUCCCGCUUCGGUUUCUCUCGCCUGGCUGAAACCGCUAUUCGCAGGGUCACCAACAAGGAGGAGGGUCAGAAGCUCAAUGCAUUUGAGAAGAUCCUGGCUUCCGGUCUCGGUGGUGGUCUCUCUGCCUGGAACCAGCCCAUUGAGGUGAUCCGUGUCGAGAUGCAGAGCAAGACUGAUGACCCCAACCGCCCCAAGAACCUUACCGUGGGCAAGGCCGCCAAGUACAUCUACGACAACAACGGCAUCAAGGGAUUGUACCGGGGUGUGGCACCCCGUGUGGGUCUGGGAAUCUGGCAGACCGUCUGCAUGGUGGCACUUGGUGACAUGGCCAAGGAAGCAGUCGAAAAACUGACGGGCGACAAAGUCACCGCUAAGCACUAGAGAAGGUUUGAGAUACCCUUCUGCCAUGCGCAGUCUCGGUCGGAGGAGCGGAUGCUAGAUAAUCUUACCCAUAUGGUGUGGAACUUGCUCGGUCCGUAGCUAGCUAUGCAUAGUGCCGAGCAUGCCGCAAGAAAGUAUUAUGAAACCAAACUACCUUAGCAUAAUAAUGUUAAUAUAUUUCAUUUACCAUGAGGCCGGCCAUUCAUGACCAUAUGUUGGCUUUCCAUCGGAGAAAUACGCACCCACAGUUGCCCAGCUGUGUUCUGACACCGU